AUGGCAAACUACGGAUAUGGCGGUGGAUACCAAACAACCUCAUACGGAGCGCAAGGCGGGGCAGAUGGAGGGGGAUUUAUGGGAGGAUCACAACAAGGAAGUCAGGAUAGUCCAGGAGGCAACAAGACAUAUGGGAAGGAUUCCCUGAGACCAGUCACAAUCAAGCAGAUCAUUGAUGCCAAUCAACCACACCCUGACGCCGAAUUCACCAUUGAUGGCUCUCCAGUUACCCAGCUCACCUUCAUCGGUCAAAUCAACCAAGUCUCCUCGCAAGCCACCAACACAACCUUCAAACUCGACGAUGGCACAGCCUUAAUCGAGGUCAAGCAAUGGGUAGACAGCGACGCAGAUCCGGAUGCUGCCAAAGACCUCCCUAGAGAAGGCGAAUACCUUCGCGUCUGGGGUCGUCUGAAGGCAUUCAAUAACAAGCGACACGUCGGAGCACAUAUGAUUCGCCCUGUUAAAGACUUUAACGAAGUCGGCUACCACCUCCUAGAAGCCACGGCCGUUCAUCUAUACUUCGUGCGCGGCCCUCCAGAGUCGCCGACUGGUACGAACGGAGCUGUUAAGAGUGAGGGUGGCGGACUGUUUGUAGAGCAGAAUCAUUACAGUGCUGGAACCGAGUCUAUAUCGUCGAAGGUUAAAAAUGCAAAUCUGUCAGUGACUGCGAGGAAGGUGUGGGAGUUUAUGAAGAACUCGCCUCAGAAUAAUGAGGGCCUGCAUGUUCAUAUGAUUGCUCAGACAAUGGGAAUUCCAGCGACUGAGAUAUUCAAGGCUGGGGAUGAGUUGCUGGGCAUAGGAGCUGUCUAUACUACGGUGGAUGACGAGACAUGGGCUGUUUUGGAAAUUUAG